GCGUUUUCCCUUUUUCAAAAUGUAUUUUGCUGUACUGCUGAAGAGUAAACCAGUUAGGUCUCGGUUGAGUGCACAAAUAUUACACUUCUUACUUUUUAGAGGAUGAAUAAAAACUAUUCCGUUAUGCUUUGUCUUUUAAAAUAACAUUUAACGUAUUUGAUGUCCUACUAACUACUAACGUGUUGUCCCGGGAAUACACUUGCUAAAACGUUUGCCAAAUGCAUAAAUUUAAAUCGCCUUCUCUACGAAAGGUGUAGUACAUACCUUUAUUAGUAGCCUGGAACAUUUAUUUUGUCUAUUUUACCGAUGUUUUGGCAAUGGAAGUGUUUUGAAUUAAAACCGAUAUGUUAUCUUAUUUAUUAUAUUUCACAGUAUAGAGCUGUCAUCCCUAUUGACAUGUCCCGGUCCAUUUUUAUUGACGUUGUUGUCUACUUUCUCACGAAAUUGUUAUUGUGUUAGAAUUUAAAUGUGUAUAAAUGUAAUAUUUUUACAAAAUUUUGCUCGAAAAUUAAGGUGCGCACUUUUCUCGGAUUAGGUGUGUUUUAAAAUGUGCUGCUGGUUCUUGUUCUAGUAUGUAUAUGAAUGACUGCGUUGGUGCUUCUUUUCUGCCUUAAAACCAUGUUUAGUUUAGUUUGACGCUUUGUGUUGUAAUUUCAUUACAUUUAAAUCACGCUUCAUUCCUGGUUACAUCGCUUUAUAGUGUGAGAGCAGUGCACUCUAAAAAAAAAAAGCCGUAAAAAUAGUUCACAAUAUACUGUAUUAAUAUGAAGGAAUUUUCCGUGUUCAUUUUUACAGUUGUUUUACCUGUAUUUUACAUUUUGCACUGCAUUCAUUUGCAUUUUAACAUUAACGGAAAUGUCCGUAAAAUAAAGGAAAAUGUACUGGUAAUUUUCUGCCAUUACUUUAUCAGAUUUUUUACGGGAUUUUUUUACAGUGUGUCUCAUAAUCCUGGUUGGAGACCCACAGCACUGCACAUUUUGUAGUGUCCCUUUUAAACACACCUUCUUAUUACAUCAAUCCUUCAGCAUAUAGAGAUCCAUGAUCUGAUGGGUUAGAUUUAAGAGACAUACAAAAUGUGCAGCGGUGUGUGGUCCUCAGGUGCAAAAUUAAGAAACACUGUGUUUGAGCAUUAAACUGUGUGAAGGUUCUAAAUCCAACUCAUAGUGUCGCUGUUGACCAGUAAACCAUUUGGCAUUUAUUUAGUAGUUUUCUCCACCCUGCUCAUGAUGUCAUACAUAAUGUUUACAGCUCGUUUCUUUAUAGAAAUUUGCAGACGAUGACGGAUUUGCCUUUGUCUCAUAGGCUACAUUUAAGAUUUAUUUUACAUUGAUUUGUAAGGGAUAUCAUUUAAGUUAUUUCAAAAUGGAUUCAAAAAGCUUCAGUGUUUCUGUUCAGAUGUUUGGUUUUGUGUUUUUGGUGCUUUCGUCGCACAACGUUAAUGGAGACGUGAGCUAUUCUUUUCCAGAGGAGAUGAAGCGCGGGUAUGUGAUUGGAAAUAUAGCCAAAGAUCUCGGGCUCGAUGUGAACAGACUGUCAUCUCGUAAGGCUCGCAUUGACACUGAAGGUAACAGAAAACGAUUUUGUGAAAUUAAUUUUAAUACUGGAGAACUGACCGUAGCGGAGAGGAUCGACAGAGAGUCGCUUUGUGGAAAGAAAGCUUCAUGCGUUAUAAAACAGGAGCUCGUGCUGGAGAAUCCUUUAGAACUGCAUCGCUUCAUUCUAAAUAUUCAGGAUAUAAAUGAUAAUUUACCACAGUUCAAGGAAACUGUUAUUAAAUUCGAAAUAAGUGAAUCAGCAGUCAAAGGAUCUCGUUACUUAUUAGAUGAGGCCCACGAUGCGGAUAUUGGUGGGAAUUCAGUGCAGUCAUAUAUGUUGCAAAACAAUAAGCAUUUUCUUCUAAGUGUUCUUUCAGCGGCAAAUGGAGGGAAAUAUGGAGAGCUCGUGCUGAAUGAAGAGUUUGAUCGUGAGCAGCAGAAAGAGGUGACUUUAAUUCUUACUGCGGUUGACGGUGGGACUCCACCGAGAUCAGGUACUGUAGCCAUACACGUCACUGUGCUGGAUGCUAAUGAUAAUGCUCCAGUCUUUAGUCAGGCCGUCUAUAAAGUCAGUCUGCCUGAAAAUUCUCCUGUAGAUACUGUAGUGGUUACAGUGAGCGCUACUGAUGCUGACGAGGGACAAAAUGGAGAGGUGACAUAUGCGUUUGGUCAUUUACCGGAACAUUUUCUGCAGCUAUUUUUCCUAGAUCCAACGUCUGGCGAGAUUAAACUGUCAGGGUUUAUUGACUAUGAGCAGGAAAGUGUAAUUGAACUGCCGAUUCAAGCUAAAGAUGGUCAAGGGCUGGCAGGUCGGUCUAAUGUAGUAAUUGAUGUUGUUGACGUAAAUGAUAACGCUCCUAUAAUAAUAACAAAAUCUCUGAAUAGUCCCGUUCCCGAGAAUGCGUCACCCGGUACAGAGGUUGGCAUCAUUAAUGUGCAGGACAGAGACUCUGAGAAUAACGGACAGGUGCGCUGCUCCAUUCAGCAAAACGUCCCAUUUAAACUCAUUCCUUCAAUCAAAAAUUACUAUUCUCUAGUGACCACAGGUGAAUUAGACCGCGAGUUAGUGUCUGAUUAUAAUAUCACAAUUACUGCUACAGAUGAGGGCUCUCCGCCUUUAUCUUCCAGUAAGAAUGUUCACUUUACUGUAGCUGACGUGAAUGAUAAUCCACCUGUAUUUGAAGAGCAGAAUUACAGAGCUCACGUGCAAGAAAAUAACAAACCGGGUUCCUCUAUUUGUUCAGUAUCAGCCACAGAUUCGGACUGGAGACAGAAUGGCACUGUAGUUUAUUCUCUGUUACCUUCUGAUGUCAAUGGCGCACCGGUUCCUUCCUUUUUAUCCAUUAAUGGAGACACCGGGGUCAUUAAUGCUUUGAAGUCAUUUGAUUAUGAACAGUUAAAGAGUUUUAAAGUGCUGGUAUUAGCCAGAGAUAACGGUUCUCCUCCUCUGAGCAGUAACGUCACCGUGAGUGUCUUGAUAACGGAUGAGAAUGACAACACCCCUCAGAUAUUAUACCCCUCUCCGGAUGGAAACUCCUUCAUGACCGAGAUGGUACCCAAAGCUGCUCAGGCGGGCUCUCUGGUGUCCAAGGUGAUCGCUGUGGACGCGGAUUCUGGACAGAACGCGUGGCUCACCUAUCACAUUAUUAAAGCGAGUGAUCCGGGACUUUUCACUAUCGGUGUCCACAGUGGAGAGAUCAGGACACAACGAGACCUUUCUGAAUCUGACAGUAUGAAACAGAACCUUAUUGUCUUAGUGAAAGAUAACGGACAGCCCUCUCUCUCUGCCACGUGCGCAUUGUAUUUACUUAUAUCAGAUAACUUGGCUGAGGUUCCAGAACUGAAAGACAUGUCUCAUGACGAGAGCAGCUCCAAACUCACUUUUUAUCUGAUCAUCGCGCUGGUGUCCGUUUCCACUUUCUUUUUGACCUUCAUCAUCAUCAUCCUGGCCGUGAGGUUUUGUCGAAGGAGAAAGCCCAGACUGUUGUUUGAUGGAGCUGUAGCCAUUCCCAGCGCGUAUCUCCCUCCAAAUUACGCAGAGGUGGAGGGCGCGGGAACUCUCCGCAGCACUUACAAUUAUGACGCAUAUCUGACCACGGGCUCGCGCACGAGUGACUUCAAGUUCGUCAGAUCUUAUAAUGAGGACACACUGACUGGUGGCAUGACGCUCAAAAAGACUCCGUCUGCUGUAGAUGAUCUUGAGGGGCUUGAUGCGGAAAAUGUCGAUUCGUUUCAGCAAAAGCCACCCAGCGCUGACUGGCGUUUUACUCAGAACCAGAGACCGGGACCCAGCGGGGCUGCUGCCACUCCUGAGGUUGCCAUGGGAACAGGUCCCUGGCCCAACCCCCCCACUGAGGCCGAGCAACUCCAGGCAUUGAUGGCCGCUGCUAAUGAGGUCAGCGAGGCGACCAACACUCUGACUCCAGGCACCAUGGGUCUGAGCACCCGCUACAGCCCUCAGUUCACCCUGCAGCACGUCCCUGAUUACCGACAGAACGUCUACAUCCCCGGCAGCACGGCUACGCUCACCCCCAACCCUCAGCAGCCCCAGCAGGCCCUGCCCCCUCCGCAGGCUUCACAACCCGAAGCGCCCAAGGCCGCCCAGACCCCAGCCAGCAAGAAGAAAUCCACCAAGAAAGACAAGAAGUAGAGAGGAGAUGUGAAGGAGGGUGAGAUGAGGGAAAGAUGAGGGAGAGGAAAUCUUCAGUAACUAGUCAAACUAAGAUUAUUAGAACAAUAAGGGUUAAAACACAUUAUGUCAAAGUGAACCGAACUCACAGAUGCAGUUUUCUGUAGCGAUCCGUGCACCUGUUUCACUCCUGCGUUUUUACCUUGUGUAUCCUUGUUAGUGUGUUUACAGCACACGUACCGUAAAAUCACUUCAGUUUCCUUCAUUUUAGCUUCGUGGAUCUCACUGAAUGUUCAGGUCAUUUACAAAGAAACGAUUUUUUUUACUCUCACUUUUUUUGCCAAGUUUACGCAACUUUCAAGUGACACUAUAUUCCCACGUAUAUAGCCAAUAAUGUAUUUACCGCAGUACUUUACCACGAUCAUGUAAAACGUUUCCAAUGCAGACGUUACGGAAAAGGAAAUGUGUUAUUAUAACAAUCAUGUUAUUGUUUAUACAAAGACACAAUUGUCCAUUGCUGCGUUUGCUCAUGAGCUCCGAUACUGUUGCAAUGUUUGAUAAAUGUAUUGUUUUUUUUGCCUUGUUUUAUGAUUGUUGUUACCUAAAAUACCACUAUUCUAAAUCCAAAUGAUCCGUGAUGAGAAGUGUUGCCAUAAAUGUAGUCAGGUGAUUAUUACCGCAUGCACAGUAACCUGACAUCAAUAAACCUCCAUCUGAGACCUUCUCGUGGUGUUGAUCACUUAAUGACUUUUUUAGAACGAAUCCCCUGUGUAUCACUGAGCCAGAGUUUAGAUUUUUUUUGCUACCUGAAUUUUUUUGGAGCAUUUGUGACUGUCGUCCGUGCCGUAACAGGCGAAUCCAUAAUCUCUAAAUCCAUAGAGGUGUGUGUGUGUCAGCACACCAUCAGCUGUAUCUUCUGUAGUAUUCAGUAUUUUCUGGUUAUCCUAAAGUGUUGAAACUCACGCUUUAUCAGUGCUGGUUGUAGUUUGUAGUAAUAGCUAGUUUUGAAUUCUUUUUUGAAACGAUCCAUCCAGUACUAACAGUUCAAAUCCACUGAGCUGUGUCCAGGACCUGUCGAGCUGUCUGCACAGAGAGCAAAACGGGUCAUUAUUUUUGGAGAAGGGGAAGAUGUGUUUUAUAGGAGGAGGACAAUCUUACACUCAGAAUGUACAGCAGUUCGUUCUCAUAUAGCGGUCGAAGCCGAAAUAUAUUUCGUCCAAAUGCAAACUCAUACCCUCAGCAUGAUGCUUCUUUGUAAAUAGACAACCGCCCUUGAUAACACAGAUGAACGCGUUGAAGAUAAGCAGCUCACUUAAGACAAGCCGCUUACUACUGGAAUGUCUCAGCUAAAAAGAAAAAACCGUUCGAGACAUCUUUAGUACUAUGAAGGGCAACUAACGCACCUGUAAAUAAAGAGUUUAACUUUUACUUAUGGAAAUAAAUAGUGACGCACUCUUAGAUUAGAAGUUGUGAUGUUAUGCAUAUAUUUUUGUGUUCAUCUUUCUUUUCCUGUCUGACUAUUCAUAAAAGUACACCGAACGGAGGCCGAACCGUCUGAACUCCUUCGCUGUUUAUUUCCUGGUUUCUGCUGUGCUGACACGUGCGAAUGCUUCUCAAUGUCUAUAUGAAGAAUCUGAAUAGUUCUAUUAUACAGUAUGUGUGUGUAUGUCUGCUGAUGCUAUAAACCUGCUGUAACAUCUUUAAGACGCUUCGAUUCCCUUGUGUGCUACUCUCAUUUUAUAGGCUAAUAUUUAUAUUGCUGUUUUAUUUUUUCUCUCUUAAACACUGACAUUUCAAAUAAAAAGUUCUCAAAUCGUUAA